AUGGAUGCAAAUGAUUUGUUAUAUGAUUUUUGUGUGGAGGCCAAGGAGAGCAGUGGCGUUGGAAGAAUUUGGUUGUUGUUGGCAGAGGCGGAGAGGUUAGAUACUCCCUUCAAACACAGUCAUUUAUGGGCUUCCAUUGUAUAUGCAACAUUUGGCCCUUCUGGAUUGUAUUUGCAACACAGGAAGCCCUUCAAUUGUCAACUUCCAUUGUAUAGGAGAGCACAAUCUGCUUUUGUGCCUGGGAGGAAAAUUGGGGAUAAUGUGCUGCUGGCUCAUGAAUUGGUCCACAACUAUCAUAGAAACAGUGGGAAGCAGGAUUGUGCUAUGAAGAUUGACCUUAGAAAAGCCUAUGAUUUCAUUCAUUGGGACUGUGUUGAAGAGAUAAUGAUAGGGCUGAGGUUUCCAGAUCUGUUCAUCAAGUGGGUUAUGGUCUGUAUUAGGUCUCCUUGGUCUUUGAGUGUGAACUGUGAUAGAGAUUUUGACUACCACUCUGGGUGUAAAGCUCUAAAGAUCAAGCAUAUUUGUUUUGCUGAUGACCUUUUUAUCUUCUGCAAGGGUAACAUGAGAAGUAUUAGGAAGAUUGCUAAUGUCUUGAAGCAUUUCUAUGAAGUUACACGCCUAAAAAUGAUCAAUCAUAAGAGCAGUAUCUAUUUUUAUGGAGUUGAGGAUAGGAAGAAGAAUGAGAUUGUUAAUGAGCUGAGUUUCAGUGAAGGUACCUUGCCAGUCAAAUAUUUAGGGGUGCCUCUCAUUAACAAAAGAAUGUCAAAAGAUGACUGCCAUGGCUUAAUUGAGAAAUUUACUAGAAGAAUCAAUCACUGGACUGCUAGGCAUCUCACCUAUGUUAGUAGGCUUCAGCUUAUUAAUGCUGUCCUAUUUAGUAUUCAUGUAUAUUGGUGCUCUUUAAUAAUUCUUCCCAUUUCAGUUAUUAGGGGAGCGGAGAAAAUUUGCAAUCAUUUCUUAUGGAAGGGCUCUGUGGACUUUAAAUAUGGUAACUUGGUGGCUUGGAAGACAAUCUGCAUGAGGAAAGAUGAAGGUGGUUUGGGCAUCAAAGAUUUGAUUUUGUGGAAUAAAGUUGCUGUUAUUAGGCACAUUUGGGAUCUUCUCGCAGUUAAGGAUUCUCUAUGGUCCCUCUGGAUCAUAAAGAAUAAGCUGAAGAUGCUUAGCUUCUGGGGUAUCACCAAACCCUUUGUAGCUAGUUGGUCCUGGAGGAACUUGGUCAAGCUGAGAGACAUGAUCAAAGGCUGCUUUAACUACAAGCUAGGGGAGGGCAACAUUUCCUUCUGGUAUGACCCUUGGCUUGAUGGGGAAACUGUUACUGAAGUCUUUCCUGAGAUCAACCCUGUGGACACUGACAUUCAUCAUAAUGCUAAGGUUAGUACUUACUUUAGUAGAGGUAGUUGGCGCUUGCCUAUGGCUAUGGAUGAGUACCUUGAGAGAGCCUGGAAUUGCAUUGCUGCUGUAAUACCCCAAAAUAUUUAA